CUGGAAUUUCGACCAGUUUGACCAUUUCAUUUCAUUUUACCACUCACCACUCAACCAUAUACAAUCCGAUCUGCUCUCCUUCUACUUCAUCAUCAUUUUACACAAUCACACUCACUAUGGCUCUCCUUCGUGGUCGUGUUAUACAAGCACAUCAAUCGAUCUUAUCACGUAGUCUUCGAUGUCGUAGUAUACCACCAGCCAGUCUGAAGCAUUCAACCAGUUCUUUCAGUACAAGCGUCUUCUUAACCACUCGAGCGUUUUCCUCAACCACCAUCAACCAAUCAAAACCUACACCUAUCAAUUCGAAAGAUGAAUCGAAAUUUGAUUUAAACACCAUCGAAAGAGUUUCAGAUGAAGUAGAUGUAUGUAUCGUAGGAGGAGGACCAGCUGGAUUAUCAGCAGCAAUUAAAUUAAAACAGAUAGCUAAUUCUCAAAACAAACCUGAUUUUAGAGUGAUCGUCUUAGAAAAAGGAUCUGAGAUCGGAUCUCAUAUCUUAUCAGGUGCAGUGAUCGAAACCAAAGCCUUAGAUGAACUUUUACCAAAUUGGAAAGAAACAGGUGCACCUUUAAACCAAUUAGCAAGUUCAGAUUCCAUGAAAUUCUUAACCAAAUCUAUGGCUUUCCCAAUUCCUCAUCCACCUCAAAUGAACAAUCAUGGAAAUUAUAUCAUUUCACUUUCUAAACUUUGUCGUUGGUUAUCUGAACAAGCCGAAGAAUUAGGUGUAGAAAUUUAUUCUGGAUUUGCUGGAUCUGAAUUAAUUUAUGAUGAUGAUCAUCAAUCGAUCAAAGGUGUGAUUACCAAUGAAAUCGGAUUAGAUCGACAUCGUCAACCUAAAGAAUCAUUUGAAGCUGGAAUGAAAUUUUAUUCUAAAAUCACUCUUUUAGCCGAAGGAUGUCAUGGAUCAUUAACUAAAAAAGUCAUUCAACAAUUCGAUUUAAGAAAAGAUAAAGAUCCUCAAACUUAUGGACUUGGGAUUAAAGAAGUUUGGAAGAUUCAAGAUGAUGUUUAUGAACCUGGUAAAGUGGUUCAUACCUUAGGUUGGCCUUUAAAGAAAGAUACCUAUGGUGGUUCUUGGCUUUAUCAUAUGGAAGAUAAUAUGAUUUCUAUUGGAAUGGUGGUCGGACUUGAUUAUCCAAAUCCAACUUUAUCACCAUACCAAGAAUUUCAACGUCUUAAACAUCAUCCAUUCUUUUCAAGAAUUUUAAAAGGAGCCGAAUGUAUAGCAUAUGGAGCAAGAGCUUUAAACGAAGGAGGAUAUCAAUCGAUUCCAAAACUGAAUUUUCCAGGUGGAGCCUUGAUCGGAUGUAGCGCAGGAUUCUUAAACGUACCUAAGAUCAAAGGAACUCAUACAGCCAUGAAAUCUGGCAUGUUAGCCGCUCAAGCUACCUUUGAUGCCAUUCAAACCCAAUCUGCUUCAGAAUCAAACCAACCGAUCGAUUUAAUUGAAUAUCCUAAACUCCUAGAAGAGUCUUGGGUGAUGAAAGAAUUAAAACAAGUUCGAAACUUACGUCCUUCUUUUCAUACUAGUUUAGGUUUGUAUGGUGGGAUCUUGUAUUCUGGUCUAGAUAGUUUCUUACUUAAAGGUAGAGUACCUUGGACAUUUCAUCAUCCAAAAGAAGAUUAUGCAUCUACCAAGAAAAUCAGUGAAGUGGUCCCAAUCGAAUAUCCAUCACCAGAUCAUCAAAUCUCAUUUGAUAUCCUAACCUCUGUUUCAAGAACCGGUACGAACCAUGCCGAAAAUCAACCGGUUCAUCUAGUUGUCAAAGAUGGAAAGUUUAAAGAACAUACUCAAGUGAAUGUUCAAGACUACGAUGGGUUACUUAACAAAGCUUGUCCGGCUGGAGUUUAUGAGUAUGUGGAUGUAGAUGUAGAUGGUCAGAUUUCGGGGGGUGACGAUCAACAAGUCGAUGGGAAACGAUUGGUGAUUAAUUCUCAGAAUUGUAUUCAUUGUAAGACUUGUGAUAUUAAAGUCCCGACUCAAGAUAUUAAUUGGACUGUACCUGAAGGAGGUGGUGGUCCUGCUUAUUCUCUUACUUGAUUUGUUUCUUUCUACUCAUUUGGGUAGGUAUAGAAAGUUUAUCCUUUUUGCUUAGAGAGUUAAGAGAUCAGAAACUAUGACUUUUUGUUUUUCUAAAAGUCUUUUUUUAUAUUUCAUCAUUUUUUUCUUAAAGUCUACUUUUUUAUAUAAAAAGGUUUUCGAUUUGCAUUGUAUUUUAAAUCUUUUUUUUAGAAGUUUGGUUUACAUAAUCUCAUUGUUGGUGUAUCCUGUGUCUCGCAAUUAUAAGUUAUAAGCAUUACAUCCUCAUUGUCUGGAAGUCUGGAAGUUUGUGUUAGUAUUGAGAUCGUAUGAUGAAGAAAUUCACCGAUUAUUAGAUCGAAUUCAAGUUUG